ACCUAUCCGCUGUGUCACAUCCGCUCCUCAAGCAACAACAAACUCAGCCCCGUUUUCUGGUGUGUUGCAUUGCUAAGUAUUUUGCGAGGAAUUUGAAACUAUGCCUUCUGUACUGGACCGAUCGCGGCAGAAAUGGUAUCAUCGGCGUCCGCUCUUGAGAACAGCAUAUUUCACGGACCUGCAGUACGGCAGUUACAUCGCUGGAAUCUUUUCAAUCGUGGAAAGCAUCUUCAUGAUCACGCUGACAGUCUUUGACGUCUACUGUCUUGCGGAGGCAUCUCCUGGCUCGACACAUUACCGAUACUUUGGGUUCAGCUUCUUAUUCGUGUACAGUGGCAAUCAGCAUGUUCGCAACCUGCUCAUUACUGUCUCUGUGAUAUCAUUUGUGAUAAGCAUUGCACUCUUAGUCACUUCUGUCAUGAUGGUCAUGGCUCUGAGAAAGGAAAAAGAGGCCAAGUUUCGUCCCUGGUUGUUAAUUAUGUUCAUAUUCACUGCAUGGAGAUUCUUCGCUAUUAUCUUUCGUUCUAUUUGCAAUGACCUGUACUACUCAUACCAUCAGGCUGUCCUCAUCAUCUGGAUUCUUCUUAUUGCUGCAAAUGUGUUUGCUUGGCUUAUUGUGUAUUCUAAUUAUCAGGAGUUGACAGACAUCACAAAGCUUGAAGAUAUGGCAAAAUUGAAGCUUGGAACUCUGAGCAGCCUCAAUGCAUCGCGGUCUGUUUCUCAUCAUUCCAUUGACUCCAUGAAGAACUCUCACAGCAUGACCCCACACAACAUCAGCUUCCAGUCUACAACCAGUGCCAAGGGCUCACUGUCUACAGCGUCAGCGUAAUAAUAAGCUUCUGUUUCUUUUGGCUCCUUUUUUGGCAGAAUUAUGUGCAUAUAUGGUUUCAUCUUGCCAACCAGUAAAACUAAAUGUGCUGUGGUGUGACUAUGGAAAAAACCUGGAAUGAAGAGUCAUGGAAA